CCUCCCCCAUCUCGUUUCUGACUGCUUGACCAACACUCUCUCGCGUUUGAGCAACCAAAUCUCCUCGACUGCCAUCACACGACCAUUUCGAGCAAUCGUCCUCCACACCAAAACCUGAAGAGGCUGACUGUUUAUCGAAUCCUCAUCGAGCUGCUCGAAUACCCAAAGCAGCGCUCUAGUAGCGCGUCGAGUGGUCGUCGAAGCAGGAGCCCCGGAGCUCCCCCUUCACGAUCCUGCAAUGGAGUCGCUUCCCCACGAAUUAAUCGACGCCAUCCUCCAGAAAUGCGUCGACUUGGGUCACCGAAACAAUGUGUUGGACUUGCGCCUCGUUUGCAGAGCCUUCGAUCGCUUCCUUAAACCAUACGCAUGCCGGACCAUUGCCCUCGAGUUCAGCCGUCUAAGUAAGAACAGCCGCCGUCGGCAACCCGAUAUCGACUCCCUUCAGACGAUCGGAUACCAUUGCAAGUCCAUGUACAUUGACCUCAUGGUCCUUCGCGACGAAUUGGAAGUGGAAUUUCUGUCCACUAUCUUCGACCGCAUACCCUCUAUGAAACAGUUCGUCCAGACCUUACAGCGCGAAUACUGCAUGUCUCCGGCCUCCUUCACAUCGUUGGACUACCGACAUACCCUCGAAACGAUACUGUUCAACUGUCAAUUCGUCUCCUCUCUCCGUCUAAACCUACCUUUCCAGCUUGUCGGCCACCGCUGUAAUGCCGCUACGAUGAUUCUUGCAAAUACCUUCUCUGCCUUCUCGCGGCGCCCGGAGGAUUCUUUGCCACUGAAGACACUCGUUCUUGAAAAUGUUUCCGAUCAAGCCAUCGUCGAUCUCUGGACAAAUCCCUCCGACGUCCUCGCCAUCAUGCGCGCCAUCCUCCAUCUCGACCACAUGAUGAUCUCUUUUCGCCGUCAUGAAGUCGACCCACCCCGCGUAUCCUUCUAUGGCACAUGCCUAUGGGACCUUAUACACAACGCGGAUGUUCUGAAAACACUCUGUCUGUCGGGCACCGACGACGAUCGUCCACCACGGGGCCUGAAGCAUACAAAAUCAUGGAACAUGACACUGGACGAGUGGCGGGCCCGCGCGCUGCCUCCUCCACCCGUCACGCUUACCUUCCUAACGGCCCUAGAACUGAAGCGCGUCGAGAUCACUCCACUUUUCCUCCGAUGUGCGGCUCGUAACUUCAGCGUGACCUUGCGCGAGCUGUACCUGAACGAGGUUUAUCUCAAAGUUGAGCAAGGGCAAAGCCUCAACGAAGAUUCGAGGCAGGUUCUCUGGAUAGGCCUUCCAAACCAGCGCCCUGGCCUUCACGACGACUGGAUGGCCAUGAUUGUCCGUGAUUCUUGCCCGAAGCUCGAAAUUUGCCGUGCCUCCUUCCUGGGCUAUGACCUCUACACCCGCGACGACUUGCCGCCCUCGCCCGCUCCCUCGCCACCGGACUUUGACUUCGUUGACCCCUGCGGGCUAGGUCGCUCCAUCGCGCAACGUUUUGUCGAGGUCGCCCUUGGGUAUCAUCAGCCGCCACAAGCGGACGGCAGCCCCGUAUGCUACCUCCCAGCGCUGGAAUCCAACGACCAUCUCCUUACCCAGAUGCGACCCCGCACCCGGGCCCUGCGGGUUACCGAAUACGACGUGAAUGCGUAUCAGACAGCCAUACGGAACGACACCAGCAGUUGGCAACGCAGCAUUGACGGUGUGUUUCCAAACUGUAACAGCGGCACGCUCGAAGAGCUUCAUUACAUCGCCGAGACCGCAUGUCAAGGUAUGAAUGAGAUCCAGCGGCAGCGCAACGAGCAUUUGGGGCAGGGUGAUGAGGGCGGCGGCGGCGAAAUUGGCAAUGGCGGCGGUGGAAACUUGGCAGAGAACCUCUUAAAUCUAAACUUUGCAGAGGAAUGAGUAGACGCUCGGGAUUUUCAAGAAGAUGAAAAGAGAGACAGACGAAGCGGGCUGUUGAGUCGUGCCAUUUUUCUACCAUGAAUCAUACAAAACGACGACGGAAUGACGCAACACGAGCUUGGCCGUGGCGGGCGUUGAACGAUAAAGGAUUUGUUCUUCAAGAGCACUUUGGGCCUGGACAUCAUAAGUUUCAUUUGGAGUUUAUUAUGAGGUUACCGCCAAUACCCCCUUUCCUGUUCUAUAAAUUUCAAUAGCUUUCAUAUGCCUAUGCUCCCCUUUUGCUCUAGUGUGAUGAUGACCAUGGUUAUCAUGAUGCUAGUUGUUCUCGCCGGAGCUUCUGCCCAUCUCUGGCCCGUA